AUGGUUUACCAGAUCGGUAACAUCUACGGCAUCACCGCCAUUGCGGUCAUUGGCGGUGGACUGUUUGGUUUCGACAUCAGUUCUAUGAGUGCCAUUCUGCCAACUCAACAAUACCGCUGCUACUUCAACCAGGGACCUUUGGGCCCACCUUUCACAGGUCCUGAAGAGGACUGCUCUGGUCCUACUGCCGAUGUGCAGGGAGGUAUCACUGCUGCCAUGCCUGGUGGCUCCUUCGUCGGUGCCCUCGUCUCUGGUUACCUCACGGAUAAGCUCGGUCGUCGCAGGGCUAUCCAAAUCGGUUGUGCCAUCUGGAUCAUUGGUUCCAUCAUCUCUUGCGCCGCUCAAAACAUUGGCAUGCUCAUCGCCGGUCGCUUCAUCAACGGUCUGUCUGUCGGUAUCUGCUCCGCUCAGGUUCCUGUCUACGUCUCCGAACUCGCUCCUCCUUCCCGCCGCGGUCGUGUUGUAGGAUCGCAACAAUGGGCCAUUACAUGGGGUAUCCUCAUCAUGUACUACAUCUCCUACGGCUGCAGCUUCCUGGACGGCGAGAAGGCUUUCCGUGUCCCAUGGGGUCUACAGAUGAUUCCCGCUGUUAUCCUUGCCAUUGGUCUCGUAUUCCUGCCGGAAUCUCCUCGUUGGCUCGCACGACACGACCGUUGGGAGGAGACUCAGGCUGUUCUUACUUUGGUUCACGGCAAGGGUGACCCCAACAGUCCCUUUGUCAAGCUUGAGCUGGAUGAGAUUCGCCAGAUGAUCGAAUUCGAGCGCCAGAACGCUGAUGUAUCCUUCAUGGAGCUCUUCAAGCCUAAGAUGUUGAACCGUCUCCACAUUGGUGUCUUCACCCAGGUUUGGUCUCAGCUGACAGGCAUGAACGUUAUGAUGUACUACAUCACAUACGUCUUCGGUAUGGCUGGUCUCACCGGUAACAUCAACCUUGUCGCCAGUUCCAUCCAAUACGUCAUCAACGUCCUGAUGACCGUUCCCGCUCUCCUCUUCAUGGACCGUUGGGGUCGCCGCCCUAUGUUCGUCAUCGGUGCCAUCCUCAUGAUGACCUGGAUGUUCGCCAACGCUGGUCUUAUGGCUUCCUACGGUAAGCCCGCUCCUCCGGGUGGUCUCGGUAACAUUGCCGAGCAAUCUUGGGAGAUUGGCGGCGCACCUGCGAGGGCUGUCAUUGCCUGCACAUACCUUUUCGUUGCCUCUUACGCGCCUACCUGGGGUCCUGCCUCUUGGGUCUACCCCCCUGAGAUCUUCCCUCUCCGCAUCCGUGGAAAGGCCGUGGCCGUCGCAACCUCAUCGAACUGGAUCUUCAACUUCGCCCUUUCCUACUUCGUCCCACCCGCCUUCGUCAACAUCCAAUGGCGCGUCUACAUCAUCUUCGGUGUCUUCUGCUUCGCCAUGGCUGUCCACACUUUCUUCCUCUUCCCCGAGACAGCUGGAAAGACUCUUGAGGAUGUGGAGGAGAUGUUCAUGACUGGCGUUCCAGCCUGGAAGACCAAGGUUGAGUACAGCAGCACUCGCCGUGCUGAGCGUGGCGAAAUUGACAACGAGAAGGCCUCUGGUCUUGAGCACAGCCCCGUCAGGGUUGAGAACGCCGAGACCAAGGCUUAG